AUGGAUGAAACAGCUAACAGAUUACAAUUCAGAAAAGUGACUUUAGUCUAUGCUUUGCAAGUGAUAGUUUUAGUGCUACAUAAAUGUGAAGUGGUGAGCACAAAAAGUGAAUUCAUCUUCCACUCACUAGACAAGAGAGUAUACUCUAAACCUGGCGACAUCAACAUUGGCGCUAUCGUCAUGGCGACACAACCGGCGUCCGGAAGUUACUGCACUAAUGUCAUUCGUAAAGGCACCAAAGCCAUCGAGUAUUCAGAAUCAGUGGCGUAUGUCGUCGAUGCUAUAAAUAGACGAGAAGACCUGUUGCCGAACAUUACUUUGGGGUUCUAUAUCUUGAAUGACUGCACGAUCACCUCGGCGGCUUUAGCGCAAUCGUUGAAGUUCCUACCGACUUUCUCUGGAAACUGUGCCGGGAAAAGUCUUGAUAACGCCACUUGCGUCAAAGAGUCUGAUACUAGUUAUGACGUAAUCGGGGUGCUGGCGCCCUUACGAAGUGGCACCGCCGCCCCCGUGUCGCUAGUCUACACCCCAGCUAGGAUCCCUCUCAUAGGGGCCGUAACUUCUUCAGAUGAGUUCAGCGAUAAAAAAAUCCAUCCGUAUUUUUUUAGAGUUAUCGGCCCUGAUAAGUUUCAAGUUAACGCCAUGUUGAAUUUCGUCGCUGAAAACGGUUGGAGUUAUAUUUCUGUGGUGUAUAUUGAAGGGCCCUAUGGUGAAAGCGCGUUGAACACAAUCAAAUCUGUAGCUUCGAGCUUCAAUAUUUGUCUUGCUACGUGGAUCCCAAUGAUAGCUGAAGAAGAUACUGACGUUAUAGCAAAGGGACUUGUAGCGCAUAGAAAUGCUCGUGUGGUUAUCGUGUUCAUGGACGAAGAGCAAUUUGUCCGACUUGUUAGGUCUGUAGAUAAACAAAAUGCUAGUGGACAUUUUAUAUGGCUGGCCGGCGACUCCAUUGCCGCUAUAGAUCUGUUAUACCCCGCAAAAGAAUUCACUGUUGGCACGUUUCUAUUUUCCUUCUACGCUCCGCUUGUGAAUGAGUUUUACAGCUACAUACAAAAUCAAAAUAUUUCAAAGUCCGCGAAUCCCUGGUUCAAACCCAAUUGGGAAAGUUUAAGCAACUGUUCGUUUAACAAUGGAACGUGUGCUAACUACAUCGACGAAUCUAGUAUGUCUAAAUUUGAUUUUCUCACAUUCACAACCCUGCAAAUGGACUCAGUUCUCGCCCUUGCUCACGGCGCGCAUAAACUCAUUUCUGAUUUAUGUCCGGGUGUUACAGGAACAAAAGCACGCGCAUGCGUGAAGCGCGAAAUUUUGAUUCGUUAUUUAAAAAACCUGUCGUUUACUGGAUACAGUGGACGUAUACAAUUCGAUAAUAACGGCGAUUCGGUAGGUAGAUACGUCAUUCAACAAAUCACAGAUCAUGCAGUAGAGGAUGAGUUGAUUAAAGUUCAGUCACAGAAAGAGUUUGGUGAAUGGGUUGUCGCUUACUUCGACGUAGGUACUCGAAGUUUUACUUACACAGAUAAUCCAAUUUCUUGGCGUCAUAUCAAAGAUUAUGACAUUCUUUCAAACAGAAGCGGGGAUAGAUUAAACAGACAGCCUGAAUCGGUGUGCAGCAAGCCUUGCGGUGUUGGUGAGUACAGGAUCCAGAAAGUUCCAGUCUGCUGCUGGGAGUGCCGGGCAUGUCGGGAUAAUGAACGUGUUCUCAAAGAAGGGUGCGAGGAUUGCGAGGUCUUAACCUGGCCUGACCCCGACACCAACUACACCACCUGCAUCCCCAUCCCCUUGACCCACACUCAACUCUCCAGCACCAUAUCCGUUCUUCAAAUCAGCUUUGCUGUCGUAGCUCUCCUCCUGACGUGUGCCGUCAGUGCAUCAUACGUUUACCUGCGUGACCGCCGCGUCAUCAAAGCAGCGAGCCGAGAACUCAGCCAAAUUCAGAUCCUGGCAAUAUCCGUUGGUUACGUCACGGUCAUCUGCUACCAGACGUACCCAACACACCACAUGUGUAGUGUGUUGUUCUUCACGUUCUGCCUGAGCUUUGCCUCUCUGUACUCGCCCCUUCUUAUCAAAGCCGUUCGCAUCUACAGAAUAUUUAAGAGUGGGACCAACAGAUCGAUGCGAUUCGUCAGUCCAAAGUCACAGAUACUUAUGUCGCUGUUUCUGAUCCUCAUCCAGCUAGUCCUAUGUGUGUACGUAUCGGCGACCUUUAACCCCACAGCUAAAACAACCCAGCCUGUCCUUACAGAAAAGUUUGUGGAACUCUCAUGUGACAUGACUCUCCCAGGGUUAUCGUCCUUCCUGGCCUACAACCUCAUCCUUGUCUCCCUUUGUUCCGUCUUCGCCUUCAAGACCCGGAAACUUCCGGACAAUUUCAACGAGUCCCGGUUCAUCUCGAUGUGCGUGUCCACCACGCUGGUCAUCUGGCUGGCCUUCAUCCCCACCUACUUCACGGCUGGACGUGAGUACGUCCGUGUGCUGCUGCUCUCUGUCUCGCUCAUCCUCAACCACACGGUGGCGCUGGUCUUUCUCUUCCUGCCCAAGGUCUACGCCGCCGUCUACCUGAUAGAUCCAGCCACCACUGUUACAGGUGUGAACAGAACCGUGAACAGAACUGUAAACACCAACUCACCUUUUGUCAUACAACAAGAUGAUCAGAUAAACCCUACCAGUGAGUCAUAA